UCACAGAAAUAAGUUUAAGAUGUCAUUUCUUCUCCGAACAAGAAUGCGAGCCGUCUGUGAGUUCUCCAGCUCGGCUUUCAUGCCUUAAAGUCCUUGGAAACCUGUGUGGAGAGCUUUCUAAAUCCUGCACAUUCCUGUCUUCCAGGCUUUUUUUUCUGGUCCAGCAGACAGUUCAGGAUCCAGAACCCAAGGAUGAACGUUCACCGCGGCGGUGAGAGCGACAGGGUACUGCGGCAGGAGGCGAGCUGCCUAAGCGAUGACCCUGCAGCUGCGGCCCAAGAGAGAGAAACAAAUAGCCUGACUGCUUCCGCUCUUCAGAGUCUCGCUUACCCUCUAGGUCCCAGGAGCGAUGACCUUUCACUUGACUAUGCCUCCCAGCCAGCAAAUCUUCAGUUCCCUCACAUAAUGCCACUUCCCGAAGACGUCAAAGGCUCCUGCUUCCAAAAUGGGAAUAAACGGAACCAUGAACCCUUUAUGGCUCCAGAACGAUUUGGAAACAGCACUGUGGGCUUUGGCAGUAACGUUCAUUCCCAGGCGCCAGAGAAAGUGACACUUCUUGUAGAUGGCACACGUUUUGUUGUGAAUCCACAAAUUUUCACUGCUCAUCCGGAUACCAUGUUGGGAAGAAUGUUUGGACCAGGAAGAGAGUACAACUUCACUCGGCCCAACGAGAAGGGAGAGUAUGAGAUUGCUGAAGGAAUCAGUGCAACUGUAUUUCGAACAGUGCUGGAUUAUUACAAAACUGGUAUCAUCAAUUGUCCUGAUGGCAUCUCUAUUCCAGACCUUAGAGAUACAUGCGAUUAUCUCUGCAUUAACUUUGACUUCAACACUAUCCGAUGUCAAGAUCUGAGUGCUUUACUGCAUGAACUGUCUAACGAUGGUGCUCACAAGCAGUUUGACCACUACCUCGAAGAACUGAUCUUGCCCAUCAUGGUGGGCUGUGCCAAGAAAGGGGAGCGAGAGUGCCACAUCGUUGUGCUGACGGAUGAGGAUUCUGUGGACUGGGAUGAAGACCACCCCCCUCCCAUGGGGGAGGAGUAUUCCCAAAUUCUUUAUAGCUCCAAGCUCUAUAGAUUCUUCAAAUAUAUUGAGAAUCGUGAUGUCGCUAAAACAGUGUUAAAGGAGCGAGGCCUGAAAAAUAUUCGCAUUGGAAUUGAAGGUUACCCUACCUGUAAAGAAAAAAUUAAGAGAAGACCCGGUGGCCGGUCUGAAGUAAUCUAUAACUAUGUGCAGCGCCCCUUUAUCCAGAUGUCCUGGGAAAAGGAAGAAGGGAAGAGUCGCCAUGUGGAUUUCCAGUGUGUCCGAAGCAAAUCCCUCACUAAUCUGGUAGCUGCCGGAGAAGAUGUCUUAGAGGACCAGGAGAUAGUAAUGCACCACCCACCCCAGGUGGAUGAACUCGACCGGCUGAAUGCCCCACUUUCUCAGAUGGCAUCUAACGACUUUCAGGAUUAGGGCCAGCUGUGGACCCGUGUCUCUUCAGAGCCCUUCUUGGUCUGCGAUGCCCACAGCCAGUUCUCCCCUUGGUUUGUCUCCCCGAGUAUCAGGAGACCUGCUUCUCCAUCCUUUCCCUUUCUCCUACAAUUAGCGUGUGUCCUUUUCAUUACUGAAAAGUCUGUGCCUCCGGCAGGGGAUAAAAAAGCACUCACUGGCAAAUAAGCUACCAGCUUUGCAGCAGCCCUGGUAACUUGAAAAAUGUGGAUCUGGUGCCGUUUACAGAGUCUUUGCAUGACUGCAAAAAGUAGGAAAGGAAGUCGACUCCCAUUGGCUCAUAUUCAUCAAAGCAGUCCUCCCAUCCUUGGUACUCUGUCCUCGGCUUUUUCGUUUGUUUGUUUUAUACCAGGCAAAUUACGUAGCAGCAAAGGGACCAAGCCUUAAAAAAAGACAAUCUCUAGCUUCCACAAGCAGGCGCUAAUGGGAUUCUCAUUAGGGUUCAGUGAAGAUGCCAUUCCUGGUAGCCUCUGUGCCCAGACCUGCAUCUGGGAAGAACUAGGCUCUCUUCAAAACGUCCAAAAGGAGAUUUCUUAAGAGUUUAAAUUCAGUUUUUUCAUUAAUGCAAUGAAUAGUUCAAAACCGCACAGAUUCGACUGAAGUCCAAGAAUAAUGUAACAAUGUUUAUGAAACCUUUUUAGGUUCAAGGUUUUUGGGUCUAA